AUGCCCGUGAGCUUCAUCAUCUUUAAGCGCGCCGGCGCAGCAUCCUGGACAAGCAUCAGGCGCUACUUGAGCAGCAGGCGCCGCGGCGGCGGGUCGUCGUAUGAUAUCGACAACGGUGGUGCCGGCAGCAACGAACUCAAGGCCGGCCCGGAGAGCUCGACCAUCGACAAUGGCAACCCGGGGCGGCUCCCCAAGCUGCCGAGGAUUCAUCUCGGGAAUUGGACUGGGUUCAGGACCCUCCUGAGCCGUCGCGAGAAUAAUGCGGGCGCGACGACCGAGUUGAGGACGUAUGGAGAGCUCAACUCGGUCGAUGAGGAUUACCACGCCCAGCUCAAGAGGGCUUGGGGCUCCCCGCCCCCGCCAUCGCAUCCCCGCACCAGUGACUCUGUCAGUGUACCCGGAGCCGCAGUGUAG